AGUGACGUAAUUUAAGUACGCCUACAUUACGUAGGCGUACUUAGGCAACUGCUAUUAAUUCCGUUAAUUAAGCUGAAGGGAAUUGGUUGGAUUUCGACAUUGUAUUUUCUUUUUGCGUUGUACGUGUGGAGGGUUGCGUAAAAUCAUAGAGGACAAGAAGUUUAUUGCAAUGGAUCGGUGUACUCAAGAUUCUGAAGAUGAUGAUUUUAUUCAAUAUCUGACAACUACUCCCCUCAAUGAAGUAGGGAAAUUUGCAUCAGAAUGGCCGUCUUGACUCGAGUCAGUGCCACGAUAUAAGUUUAUCAGACAACUCAGCUUGCCUCUAAAUUUGCAUAUUGGAAGUAGCUUUCUUGAUAUACCCUUGGAAAAGUGUGAGAGAAAAGACGCAAGAUGGGAAGAUAAUGUGGAAAACUCUACAUUCCAUUCAUUAAGAUUUUUCAGUGGUAAUCUUCUUCCAGAACCAAAAUGGGGAAGGUCUCCUCCUCCUAUGGUGUUUUCAGAACAGACAACCAUCAUGGGUUUCAUUAAAGAUAUUGAAGUUAUACUGAAGGAACAACUGAGAAAAUUUCCCUACAACACUAUGGGAAAUUUCUUGAAAUUCUAUGAGGAUUUUAAGCAGCAGGAUACACUAUCACUAGUACCAUUUUUUGUCCACUAUAAACCCAUAGUUUUGCAAAAAAGCUUAAGUUGUGUUGGGUUAAGUUGUUGUUUGAUAUCUGCUAUUCUUAAAUCCCAUAUUGUCAGAAAUUUUCCUAAUCUAAAAUUCUGUCUAUUCAGAGUAUCUUGUGAAGAAUGUAUUUCUGAACUUGAUUUAGUUUGCUUAUCAUCUCCAAAACCUGAAGCAUUAAAAGAACAUGUACUUGUUGCAAUUAAAAUUAAGCUUGAAAAUCGGGAAGGGGUAAUUCUCCUUGAUCCUGGCUAUCACAUUGGUAUUCCAAUUAUUAUUAUGGCGGACAAACAAUAUCCACAUACUGGAUGGUUUGUUCAGUCUCAAACUGUUAAGUCAAAAAAGGAAUACAAUUACAUUCUACAUCCAAGCCUAAAGUAUGUCAAUUGGACAGUUAGGGAAACGCGUGGUGGUAAUACAGAAGUGAUUGAAAACCUUAUCUAUGUUGGUUCUGAAUAUGUAACCCAUGUGUCUGUGUCUGAGAAACGAAACUUGGUUUACAAUUUUCACACUCUAGUGGCCAGAGAUGGUAAUAGUGCAGUAGCUGGUCUGUAUUGCAGCUUCGGUGAUAAUGCCAGAUAUACGAUCUUCUAUAGAAAUGAGGUAGGGGAAAGAGUGGAGUGCAAGAUUCCAAUGAGUUACUUCAUGGAAUCCCAGUUGAAUCCUAAUUACGAACUUGCAAUUAGCAUUUGUUCUGUCCAGCUGAAAUCUAAUCUUCAGUUCUUAAAGAAUAUGAUGAGAAAUGUUGUGCAAGCAAAUAUGGAUGCAGAAUUCAUGCCAGUCAUGUUGCAGAUAAAUAAGAAGCUUGACAAAUAAUUUUUCUAUAAAUUUAACCUAUACUUGCCUUUUAUGGUCUGUCCUGUUUUCUGCUUGUUUAUCAUAAUGUUUAAUUUCUGACAUAACUUACAGUUGUUAGUUGUAUUUAGAUUUUGAAUUUUCACACCCUAAAAAAAAAAAAAAAA